AGCGGCAGAGAGGUUAGGGUUCAGAAUGUGUGCGGGAGUUUGAGUGAAGAAAGAAGAGAAAAUGAGACAAUAAAACAGCCAGAGGACAAAAGUGCGCUGUACAUAAAACAACGUAAUGGCCUUGAUACAAGCGGACACCAACGGCAAAGGGAACGGACUAGUCAAUACUCUGCAAAGUGGCGUCAGAAAGGUUUGUCCAAGUUCUAAAACAGCGAACAUGCAGCCAAAGGACACUGAGUUUAGCACACAAGGUCUGCCAAAAGCUUUCCUUCACAGUUUACGAACUUUAUUCGAUAUUCUUGACGACGGAAGACGGGGUUAUGUCCAUAUAUCUGAGAUUGAGAGUCGGUGGCGAGGCGCGGAGGCUCGCGAUUUACCCGCGGGAGUCCUGGAGAGUCUGAGGCGCGUCGCGCCGCGUCACGGCUGCCUGACUUUCGAGCGGUUCGUCGCGGGACUCAGAAACGCGACGUUCAAUCCCGAAAACGGCAGCAGAUCACUUGCUUUAAACUACCAACAGCAGCUGAAACCCCAGCAAAGAGCCACACGUCCGCUCGGACCGAGCAACGGAACUAACCGCCAGAACGGACGGAACGGACCGCAGGACAGCUCUAUCUAUUCCGCGCUUUACCCGGGGCUCUCGGUAGCAUCGCGGGGCUGCGGAAGACUCGAGAGAAAGGACUGUUCGUAUCAAUCCGAUGCGAUACACGUCGGGCAAAACGCGCAUCGGGUCCAAACCAUUGAAUCGCUCGCUCUGGAAUCUCCCGAUGAUCAAAACACAGCGGAGAGCAGUGGUCUGCCCCGGUCAAAGAGUGAAACUAUGACUGGAUUCACUCGAUCCAGACGACACACACGAAGCCGUGACGAACAGAGACGUCACACCAUCACAAAUGGAGUGGAUUAUGGAAUGCCGGCUCGGGCCCCGGGGCCUCGACGCUGCCGUGUGGGCCGCUUACACCACCGUCUUCAUUCCUCUGAGCAGCAGCCUGUUCUCCAGCAGAGCCCUGCACUUCUACCUCUGGCUAAAGCAGAUGAAGGAGCUGGAGCAGGAGAAGGACUCUCUGUUGGCUGGCCUGGACGUGUUGGAGAGAGCCAGAGAAUGGAGUUUUUGGCUGAAUCUUGUCAAAGUCAGUUGGAUGUUGUUCUGCCUAAACUACAGGACGUCACAUGCUGCCUCAACAAUUUACUCUCAUUCUCUGGCAAGAUGUUCCCGUCCUCUAGCUCCACCAGCUCUCCUCCUGCUCCUCCACCUCCUCCGCCUCCUCAGGCCAUCCACAUACUGAAGGAGCAGAACCGGCUUCUCACACAGGAGGUGACAGAGAAGAGUGAACGCAUCACUCAGCUGGAGCAGGAGAAAUCGGCUCUGAUCAAGCAGCUGUUUGAAGCUCGAGCUCGCAGCACUCAUGAUAGCAGUGCUCUCGACUCCACCUUCAUCUGACUAGCAUCAAAUAUCUCCAAUCACACCACACACUCAGUCAUCUGAGACCGAGAAGGACUGGAUUCUCAGAGCUGUUUGAAUAGUCCAAAACAUGAUUCACAGAGGAGCUCUCAUGACUUGACCUGAAGAACACUGGUCUCAGUCUGCUGAGACCAGCAGAAGAAUAAACUGGAUUCCUGUGAGGUUAGAUCAGACGGAACAGAUAAAUACGUCUGAACAGAGGCUGCAGAUGAAGUUCCCACUCGUUUGUCCUGUAUAGUCGACAUGAACAGAAAGUUUAUCUGAACAGUCGAUUGACGAAGGCAGAUACUAUAGGCUUUUCAUUUUGGUUUGGUUUGGCUUAUUUUAGCUGUGUUGCUUUAAUUAGUGUGCUGUUUUCUCUGGAAGAGUAGUGUUUUAAAUUCCUGUCAAUAAAAGUUGACAUGUAAGGUCAAAAGGUUUCUUAAAGACAUGAUUUAGCAUCUUUAAUCAGCGAUGGAUCAUCUGUAUUGUGAUCGAAAAAGGGGAUGGGAUUGGUUCAGUCCAUCUGAAUGUGAACUUGCAGUAGAUUGUAAGAAAAGAGUGAACACAAUGGUCAGUUAAAUACUGCAUUGGUCACUAGAGAGAAGACGUUGACAUGUUGAUUACAAAUUAUGAGGUGUAAAAAAAAAGUUAUAAAUGCACCUCAAGAGCAUUGAUUCUGUUCCAGUCCAGUCCACUUUGUCUGGCUUUGAAUAUUUAAUUAGGAAACCAUAUCAAGCUUUUCUCAGAAUAACAAUAAUAAUGUUAUUGCAUCUGUGAUAUGCUCUUAGAUACCACAGAAAAUGUAAUCUUACGCCAGUUUAUAAAGGGUGUGUUUUAGUAAUGGAAAUGAUUCUGGAGGGAUGUUUUUGUUGAAAUGCUUGGAUUCAUUCUUUAGUAAAGCGUUAAUUGAUAAUUGAGCUCAGAAGGAUUGACAGACACCCUCUAUAGGUAUUUUGUUGAAUAUCAAUUGAAGUAUUCCUUUAAAACUGGAUCUGCAUCUUUUAUGUACAUUUGUCUCUCAGUUGUCUGGUUGCUGGAUGGAGCUGUGAAGGGUUUGUGGUUUGAUUCAUUGCUCAGUUUUAAUCUGUGUUAUCGUUUCAUACAGUGAGUGAUGGUUUCUUUCAUAGAGUUUCCAUUUUAUUUUUUUAGUUGACUGAUAAAACAAGAUUGAUAAACUGAUAAAAUUAGUAUAUUCUGGAUAUUUCGCAAUUUUGUGAAAAACUACUGUGACUUCGUGAGAAUCAUUUCUGUAAAUGUUUCCAAAAUACAUUUACUUUACUAUACAGCAUAUAAUAUAUUAUAAGCACAACAUGGCAUGGAUAUAGAUUUUAGAAAGAUCAAGAAGUGGAAUUUUAGGCCAGAAGGAAACUGAGAAAACAAGGAUGUUUGUGGACGUUUUACACUCAGCAUGAUGAACGUGUUAUUGCAGUCAUCAUCAGAUCCUGCACUGUGGCUUAUGGUUUUUGGGUAUUACAUGGAAUAAAUAAGCUAUCGAGCUGACGGGACGUGUGUUCAUGUUCAUAAUACGAUAAUCAGACAGUAAUUGCAGACACAGUAACAGUGGGAAUGUUUUCCCUUUUAUUGAGCUGAUACUGCAACAUUCACUGGAAAGAACGCAGUGUUUGCCUCAUUCUGCAGGAAGUGAUGCUGAGCGAUGAUCCUUAAAUGAUUAAGAGAGCAACCACUGAAGCUGAAGAACACUAAUGUCAUUACAGGCUUUAUAUUUGCCGUAACUGUGUGUUUUACAUGUGAAUCUUAUCAUUCUGUUGAUUUAUUUCUCAGCAUUUAAUUCUCAUUCUUUUGCAUAUGUAAUCCACAACAAACUCUUCCAUAAUUAAAAGUCCUUCAUUCUUGG